AUGAAGAAAGAUACACAAAUUAAUGUUGAUGGUGGCAGAAUAACGCGAGUUGUCAGUUCAGAACUUAACAGUCUGCAUUCGUCUGUAAUCUCGACAAACUCGUCGAAGGAUUUACUACCUACUAUUGGGGCAAGCUCAGAAUACGAGAGUGAAUCUGUUCAAGUUUCGGAGUCAGAGACUCGUCCUUCAAAAAUCGUCAUUCUUUUAACAUUGGUGUCUUCGAUAUCUGGUUUCAUGUUCGGUUAUGACACCGGUUACAUAUCGUCUGCCUUGGUACAAAUAGGAACUGACUUGUCGAAUAAGAUCUUGACAUCUGGAGAAAAGGAAUUUAUCACAUCUGCCACAUCACUUGGAGCUUUGCUAGGAGCUAUAUUAGGUGGUAUUUUGGCCAAUUUGAUUGGAAGAAAAAGAGUUUUACUAGGUUCGAAUGUCAUUUUCGUAGUGGGAACAAUUGUUCAAUUAGCCGCCAAAACGGUGUGGACAAUGAUUGUAGGUCGAUUCAUCUUGGGAUGGGGCGUGGGCAUUGCAUCAUUGAUUGCACCUCUCAUGUUGUCGGAACUUGCACCAUCAAAGUAUCGUGGUCGUUUAAUUGUCACAAAUGUAAUGUUCAUCACAGGUGGUCAAUUGGUUGCCUAUUUCAUUAACUGGGGUUUGACCAGAGUAGCACAUGGUUGGAGGGUUUCUGUUGGGUUAUGUAUGGUACCAGCAGUUUUACAAUCAUGCUUGUUUUUCUUUUUACCCGAUACCCCUAGAUAUUACGUGAUGAACGGUGACAUUGCCAAAGCGAAACAAGUUUUGAGAAAAAUACACAAUGACCCUUCUGAUGCAUUUGUUGACGCCUCUAUAGAGGACAUGAUCCAAUCUGAUUCUACAGUGCCAGGUAAGAACCCUCUUCAAAAAGCAUGGGAGUCGAUUAAAAUCAUCCACACUACACCAGGAAACUUUAGAGCAUUGAUUCUUGCUUGUGGUCUUCAAGGUAUCCAACAAUUUACUGGUUUCAACUCGUUGAUGUACUUUAGUACCACGAUCUUUGAAACAAUUGGAUUUGAAAACUCAACUGCCGUAUCCAUUAUUAUAUCAGCCACUAACUUUGUAUUCACGGGCGUUGCUCUCUGCAUCAUCGACAAGGUUGGAAGAAGGCGAAUUUUACUUAUUGGAAUGCCAUGCAUGUGUGCAGCCUUGGUUGUUUGUGCAAUUGCGUUCCAUUUUCUCGAUGUUGACUUUUCUUCAGGAGUCGUAAUACACACAAGAGGUAUAAGUGGAUGGGGAAUUGUCGUGAUCAUUGGUAUGAUCUUGUAUGUUGCAUCAUACGCAAUCGGUAUUGGUAAUGCAGCUUGGGUCGGCGUGGAAUUGUUUUCAGAUGUCAAUGUUAGAUCCAUUGGUGGAAUGUAUGCAGCUUGUACCAAUUGGGCCGGGUCCUUGGUGAUUGCUUCUACCUUUUUGACCAUGUUAGAGAAGAUAACACCAACGGGAACUUUUUCAUUCUUUGCGGGGCUUUGUGUGAUUGCAUUCUUUUUCGUUUAUUUCUUGCUUCCAGACACUGCUGGCUUGGAAUUGGAAGAGACUACAAAUUUCUUGACCAAGGGGUUCAAUGUCAAACAAUCUGUUGCUUUGUCAAAGGCCAGAAAGAAGCAAUCCAAGUACACAACUGGAAGUGUUUAA